AUGCCGGAAAAUCUCCCCUACGGAUUGAACCUUCCGAACAAAAGUGCAGCGAAACCGGGGAAUGCUCUCGGGCAGAAAAGAAAGAACAUUUUUGACGACGAUUCCGAUGAAGACCAGCAAACUGGCGAUGGCGCAAUUGAAGUCUCAACUAUUGGAGGGUUAGAGGAACCAGCUACAAAAAAGAAGCCCCCACCAAGUGCAGGGCAACCGCCGAAACGCAAAAUUCAAUUCGGGAGCGGUCCCAAACCAACGGCCAAACCGCUCAGCAAGAACUCGCUAUUUGCAGACGAUGAGGAUGAGGAUGAAGAAAGAGAAAAAGAGCAACAAGGAGCAAUGAAUCUUGGAUUAAACCAGGCAAAGCCGAAAAAGCCAGCCGCCCCUGCGCAGAAAUACACCAAUCUCGCGUCAAUGCAUAGCAGCAACAUGCAUGCAAAGGCAGCCGAGGAACUCGAUCCAUUGAUCUAUUCUUACGAUGAAGUAUACGACAGUUUGCACGCCAAACCCGUCAAGUCCGCGGUGGAAACAAAGAGCGAUACACCCAAGUACAUGCAGAACUUGCUACAGACUGCGGAGAUCCGAAAACGGGAUCAACUACGGGCUAAGGAUCGCCAGCUAGCUAGGGAGCGUGAAGCCGAAGGUGAAGAGUUUGCCGACAAAGAGAAAUUUGUCACCUCUGCCUACAAGGCACAGCAAGUGGAACUGCGGAAGGCAGAGGAAGAGGAAGCACGCCGUGAAAAGGAAGAAGAAGAACGGCGCAAAAGGAGUGGCGGCGCCGGCAUGAUUGGAUUCUACCGGGACGUUCUGUCGCGAGGAGAAGCACGGCACGAGGAGGUCAUCAAGGCUGCGGAAGAAACUGCCCGCCGCCUCAAAGCAGGCGAGAUCGUCGAGGAGACGGAGGAUAAAGAGGAUAAGACGGAUGCCCAGAAGGCGGAGGAUCUCAAUUCUCAUGGAGCUCGGGUUGUUGUGAAUGACGAGGGCCAAGUUGUCGACAAGCGCCAGUUGUUGUCUGCAGGACUGAACGUGGCACCGAAACCGAAACCUCAAGUACCUACCCCCAAGCCAGGAUCUUCACGACCUACCGCUGGGCGACCAGGUGCUGGUUACCAAGGUGGCCGUGGUGCCCAGCGGGCUCGACAGACCGACAUGGUCGCAAGCCAGUACGAGGAGCGUGCGCGACAAGAAGAGGAGGCUGAGGCUGCAAAGCAAAAGGAGAUCGCCGAAAAGAGCCGCAGUCGCAAGACCGAGGUCGAUGUGUCCAGCGCCAAAGAGCGGUAUCUGGCAAGAAAGAGGGAACGAGAAGAGGCUGCUGCCAGGGAGAAAUCGAAGGGGGCCUAG